CGGUUUCAAAGUCGCAGGGCGCGCCGAGUGGACUUCCGCUGAUGGCCCCGGCCGUGCGGGAGUCGCCACCCAUUCCGCGGAGGACGCCGCCAGCCGGCUGCCCGCCAGCUCCGUCCGCGCGCUCCUAGGUGGCCCGACACGACCCCGGGUGACCCACGGCACGCCUUUACCGCGUCCCGGUGCCACCCUGCUGGGAUUCGUGAGAACGUGGAACAGAAUUCCCUUGGCGGGUCCCCUGCAACCCUGAAAUCUGAAGUCUCUGUCCUGAGCGAGGGGCUCGGCUGGGACUGGGGAAGGCGAGACGGCGCGGCAGGGAUGUUGACGCCGCGUGAGUAGGAUGCUGAUGACACCGCUUGACAGCCUCCAGAGCGUUGCCUUAGUUUUGUUUUCCCGCACAGCGAGCUCUGUGUAUUUUUGAGGAAACUAAAGGUGGUGAAAAGCUCCCAACCCAAAUUUUAUCGAAAUGGCCACAGAAAUUGACUUUCUGAGAGAUCAAAAUCAAAGACUAAAUGAAAUUCUUAGGCAGUAUCAAAUGGAAAAUUUUUCCAAAUAUUCAUCAGUUCAGAAAGCUGUCUUCAAAGAAGAUGGAGAUGACAUAUUAGGCGACUCAGUAAUUGACCAAAGUUUUUUAGCACCUCUUAUUACUGAGUAUGAUAAGCAUCUGGAAGAUCUAAAUGGUCAGCUGAAAUAUUAUCAGAAACAGAUGGGUGAGAUGAAACUACAACUGGAAAACGUCAUCAAGGAAAAUGAAAGGUUGCAUAGUGAUUUAAAAGAUGCUGUUGAAAAACAACUGGAGGCCCUUCCCCUUGGCACAGAGAUGGGAAAUGAUAUAUAUGCAGAUGAUGAAACAGUCAGGAAUCUUCAGGAGCAAUUACAGCUAGCCAAUCAAGAAAAAAAUCAGGCUGUGGAACUCUGGCAGACUGUUUCUCAGGAGUUGGACAGAGUGCAGAAACUUUACCAGGAAUAUAUGACUGAGGCCCAGAUUCAUGUAGUUGAAAGUCAAAAACAAAAGGAUCAGCUGACCAGUUUUCAGCAACUCACCAAGCAACUUCAUGUUACUAAUGAGAACAUGGAAAUGACUAACCAAGAGUUUGUGAAAACAGUAACUGAACAAAAUGUGGAAAUCGAGCAACUCCGAAAACAACUUAGGCAAGCCAAGUUAGACAUGAGAGUUGCAGUAGCAAAAGUGGAAGAGUUAACUAAAGUGACUGAAGAUCUUCAAGGACAGAUGCAAAAGAAGGAGGAGGAUAUGGCGUCUGCCCAAGGAAGAGAGGAAGCAUCAGAUAGGCGUUUACAGCAGUUACAAUCUAGUAUAAAACAAUUAGAAACAAGAUUAUGUGUAGCAAUCCAAGAAGCCACUCAAUUAAGAACAGAAAAAACACAUUUGGAAAAACAGACUCGAGAGUUACAGGCAAAAUGCAAUGAAUUAGAAAAUGAGAAAUAUGAAGCUAUCGUAAGAGCCAGAAAUAGCAUGCAACUCUUAGAAGAAGCUAACCUGCAAAAAAGUCAGGUUCUGCUUGAAGAGAAGCAAAAAGAAGAAGAUAUAGAGAAAAUGAAAGAGAAAAUUUCUCGGCUUAUGCAAGAGGCUAUCAUAAGAACGAGGAAGGAAGUUGCAAACACAAGAAAACAAUAUAAUGUACAGAUUUCUCGACUAUCAGAAGAACUUUCAGCCCUUCAGAUGGAGUGUGCUGAAAAACAAGGCCAAAUUGAACGAGCCAUUAGGGAGAAAAAAGCAGUGGAAGAAGAACUAGAAAAGGUUUACCAUGAAGGCAGAGUAAAUGAAAGUGAUUGCAGAAAACUGGAAGAAAUGCACCAAAGAUGCCUGGUUGCAGAGCGAUCCAAUGAUGAUCUUCAGCUAAGACUUAAGACAGCAGAAAAUAAAAUAAAACAACUUGAAAUAAAUUCCUCAGAAGAGAUAUCACGUUGUCAAGAGAUGGUUCAGAAACUUCAGAAUGUGUUGGAGUCCGAGAGAGAGAACUGUGGAUUUGUCAGUGAACAGAGGCUAAAACUUCAGNNNNAAAAUGAGCAGUUACAGAAGGAGACUGAGGAUUUAAGAAGGAUUGCUCUCGAGGCUCAGAAAAAGGCAAAAUUUCAGAUCAGUACAAUGGAACACGCAUUUUCAGUAAAGGAGCAUGGGUUUGAGGUUCAGCUGAGAGAGAUGGAGGACAGUAACCGAAACGCCACCGUUGAACUGAGGCAUCUGUUAGCGACUCAGCAGAAGGCAGCUAACAGGUGGAAAGAAGAAACGAAGAAACUCAGUGAAAGUGCAGAAAUCAGAAUCGGCAAUCUAAAGAGUGAGCUGAGUCGACAGAAACUUCAUAGCCAAGAGCUGCUUUCUCAGCUGGAAAUGGCAAAGGAAAAGGUAGCUGAGAAUGAAAAGCUCAUUCUAGAGCAUCAAGAAAAAGCCAACAGACUUCAGAGGCGUCUGAGUCAGGCAGAAGAGAGAGCUGCUUCAGCUUCCCAGCAGCUCAGUGCGAUUACAGUGCAGAGAAGAAAAGCAGCCUCCAUGAUGAAUCUGGAAAAUAUUUAAAAAUACUCAUAGUUCACUCACAGAACUUUAGAGUUGGAAAGCAGUGUAUUGAAACAGUAAAACGUGCAGAGAAUGGUUAAAGCUUGUGUCACUUUGCAUAAGCAUUCUCCAUUCUGUUUUGAGGGUUAUUGGAAAACAGAACAGUGACAGCUUCCUGUAAGUAAAUACCCUAUAUUGAGCUUCAGUAGAGAAUAAAGCCAGCUGAGAAGAA